AUGAGUGGGAAUUCGAGUGGGCCAAUCACCAUCGAGGACGGCAAGCAAAACGUCGUCUUCAACCACCGCUACAUCAAACAGCUCCCGUCCCUCCCCGAUGACUACCUCAGCUUCGACGAGGCCGCUAAGAGUCUCACUGCCGGGAAGUACACCAAGAUCUCCAACGUGCCCCAAGGUAUCGGGCAGGACGCGGUCCGCGGGGAGCUGACGGCAAAUCUGCCCCGCGUCGUGGGAUACAUGGCGACUGAGGUCGAAAUUGCCCUGCGCAAGAUGCUGCCGCAGACGAGGGAGUGGGAGCUCCGCACUUUGAGCGAGGUCGUCAUGGAGCCGAUCGCGCAGGCGUCAGCUAGGGUCUUCGUGAGACCCAAGCUGUGCCGGGACGAGGCAUGGAUGAGCAUCAUGAGAAACUUCACCCACAUGGCCGCCGCGAGCCUGCAGGCCGUCAAGAAGUGGCCGGCGCUUUUGCAUCCCUGGGUGGCGCCUUUCAUGCCAGCGUUGAAGACUGCCAAAAGGACAUGGGCUGAGGGGAGGAGGGUCCUACGCGAGGCUACCGAGACCGAGGCAUUAGACGACAGCAAGGGCGACUACAUCAACGAAUGGGUGGCCCAGCGACAUCCCGAGUGGGCGGCAGAUCUCGUCCAGCAGGUCGACUUUACCUUCACGCUGUCCAUGGCGGCGCUGCACACCUCCGAGAUGACGACUACACAUCUGCUUCUGGACCUCGCCUCGCAUCCCGGGAUCGUUGAGGAGCUGGGGGCAGAGAUGGUGACUGCUCUUGCGGAAACGGGCGGAGAGAUGAACAACAGCUAUAUCCAUAAGCUUCAGAAGCUUGACAGUUUCAUGAAGGAAUCGCAGCGAUUGAACCCCCUGACUCCUUACACGUUCCAACGACUGGCGAUGAGGGAUUUCGAGCUCGAGGACGGCACAUUUAUCCCACGGGACACCUUUCUCGCGCUUAAUGCAUCGCAGGGCUACAUGGAUGCAGAGCUGUGGUUUGACCCUGAUACAUUUGAUUCAUUGCGUUUCUAUCGUCUGAGGCAGGCGGAAGGAGCGCAGAACUCACACCUCUUCGUGACGGCCAACGCGCGACACACGUCGUGGGGACAGGGGAAGCACACUUGUCCAGGAGGAUUCUUUGCCGGCCACAUGAUAAAGGUUAUCCUGAGAAAGCUGUUGCUGCAAUAUGAUGUCGCCCUGGAGGAGGGGACUACGAGGCCGAAAAACGUCGUGUUCGGUGCGGCUGUUCUCGCUGCGCCCAAGGCAAACCUGCGGUUCAGAAAGAGGAUGUCGUGA